AUGUCGGUGCCCCAGGGACCCACCCCAGCUCCUGUCGCAGAGCCUCACGCCCAGGAGCCAGGCUCGGACAAGAGAGACGGUCGCCUCUCAGUCUGUACGAAGGUGUGCUAUGGCAUUGGUGGGGUCCCCAACCAGGUGGCCUCCAGCGCCUCAGCUUUCUACCUGCAGCUCUUCCUGCUUGAUGUGGCCCAGAUCCCCGCUGCCCAGGUGUCACUUGCCUUGUUCGGAGGGAAGGUGUCUGGGGCAAUUGCGGACCCUGUGGCCGGCUUCUUCAUCAACAAGAGCAGAAGGACAGGGUCUGGACGGCUAAUGCCUUGGGCUCUGGGCUGCAUGCCCUUAAUUGCGCUGGCCUACUUCUUUCUGUGGUUCCUGCCCCCAUUCACCAGCCUGCGUGGGCUCUGGUAUACCAGCUUCUACUGCCUGUUCCAGGCCCUAGCUACGUUCUUCCAGGUACCCUACACUGCGCUCACUAUGAUCCUCACCCCUAGCCCCAGGGAGCGAGACUCUGCCACUGCAUACCGGAUGACCAUGGAGAUGGCAGGGACACUGAUGGGAGCCACUGUCCACGGGCUCAUCGUGUCCAGCGCCCAUGGAUCCCAGAGGUGUGAGGAUGCUGUGCACCCCAGGAGUACUGCUGUCUCCCCAGAUGUAGCUCGCCUCUAUUGUAUUGCAGCUGCCGUGGUUGCCUUGACUUACCCUGUGUGUGGCUGUUUGCUGUGCCUAGGAGUGAAGGAGCAGCCAGAAACUUCUGCCCCAGCCUCAGGCCAAGGCCUGAGCUUCUUCACCGGCCUGGCCAUCACUUCGCGGCACGCCCCCUACCUGAAGCUGGUGGUCUCCUUCUUGUUCAUCUCAGCUGCUGUCCAGGUGGAACAGAGUUACUUUGUCCUGUUCUGUACACACGCCUCUAAGCUACAUGAUCAUGUCCAGAAGUUGGUGCUAACCAUCCUGGUCUCGGCUGUACUGAGCACCCCACUGUGGGAGUGGGUUCUCCAGCGAUUUGGGAAGAGGACAUCUGCAUUCGGGAUCUGUGUGAUGGUGCCCUUUUCUAUCUUGUUGGCUGUUGUGCCCUCAGCACCGGUGGCCUAUGUUGUGGCCUUUGUCUCUGGCGUGAGCAUUGCUGUGUCCCUGCUGCUACCUUGGUCCAUCCUGCCAGAUGUGGUGGAUGACUUCCAGCUGCGGCACCAGCGUGGCCCAGGCGUGGAGACCAUCUUCUACUCAUCUUAUGUCUUCGUCACCAAGCUGUCAAGCGCGGUCGCCUUGGGCAUCUCUACCCUAAGUUUGGAGUUUGCAGGGUAUGAGGCAGGAGCCUGCCAGCAAGCAGAAGAAGUGGUGGUCACCCUCAAGGUCCUCAUUGGUGCUGUGCCCACCUGUAUGAUCCUUAUUGGCCUGUGCAUCCUCCUGGUUGGCCCCACUCCCAAGACACCAAGACAGGACACUUCCUCCCAGCUAAGCCUUCGGAGGAGGACUAGCUACAGCCUUGCCUGAACUUUAAGGGGACUUCUGUGAGCUAGAAAGGAAAAAUCUGCAUUUUCUGGAACUCUCUUCAUCCAGCCCGGAGCACAUCCUAGCAACUUAGCUCAGUGCAUUUUCCCUUGUGCAUGGAGACUUUAGGGACAUGUCUAGGGAUGGAUGGUCCAGGCUCCAGAAACUACCCCACAGCUCCUUGCCUGUUGUACCGGGACCCUUUCAGGCUUGUACCCUAGACUGUUCCACCACCAAGAAACCUGAUUCUGAAAGCAUUGUCCUCAAUGACAUCAGGAUACCCUGCCUACCCUGGCCUGCAGAUUCCCUUUGCUACAUGGCAGAGCUCCGACACAGGAAUACAGAUGCAGGCCUGGUUUGCACUGAGACUCCAGUGACCACCUGGACACAGUUUGAAUGGGCAGGCUGAGGAAUCAGGACAUGUUGGAGGCUAAGCAGGUAUUUAUCCAGCAUUUUGCUCUGUUGACACGAGUUGAGGUCACUUCUUCUAUCAACAGACAGAGGAUGACAUGGAACCAUCAGAGGCCAGCCACUUUUACAAACUGCGAACUAUUCUGAAAUUCUACAAGCUAUAUAAAACCAUAUAAUAGGAAUUACAGUUUUCUAGGGUCUCUGUCUUUGAGGAAGAUUCAUUGGGGUUUAUUUUUUUCAAAAACAAAUUUA